AUGGCCGCCGCCGCGACCAACGCGGCGGCGCCGCGCGUCGCCCCACCCCUCGCCCCCUCCGCGACCCGCCGCCGCGCGACGACAACGACGACGCGCCGCAGCUCCGGCGACGGCGUGGAGGGCGUGCCGCUCGCGGAUCGAGGCGCGUCGUCGUCCCCCGUCAUCCACUUCUGGCACCUCUGGGCGUCGUCCCCCGCGUGCCGCGCGGCGGUGCAGCGCUGGGGCAAAGGCAGCCCGUUCCGCGACGCGCCGCUCCUCGAGAGCCGCGUGCGCGCGCUGACGCGCGUGUUCGACGCGCGCAGCGGCGUCGACGUCCCCGCGCUGCUGACGCGCGAGCCGGAGCUGCUGCUGCGGGAUUUUCGCGACGUCACGCGCGCGGUCGUGGCGGUGAAGGCGGCGGCGCCGGAGAUGGACGGCGCGGCGUUGACGCGCGCGCCGGGGCUGUUGCUCUGCGACGCGGAGGACCUGGCGCGAGCGCGGCGGGCGCUGGAGGGGGAGGUGGGGAAGCGCGAGGCCGCGCGCGUCAUCCGGAAGAGUCCGGAGGAGCUCAUGAAGCGGACGCGGCGCGCGGCGGAGGAGGACGAGAUGCGCGCCGCGGUGACGAUGCAGUACGGCGAGGCCAUGGAGCCGCCGUGA